GAGAUGGAUAUUGAAUUUGCAAAUCAAAUGACUGCAGAUUCUGUGAGCAUCGAUUCCGAAAACUCUGCUAUCUUUAAAAAAUGGGAAACAAGUUAAAUGUCGGUUGGCAAGACGUUAUCGUAUCUGUCAUUGUCAAACCAGUUAUUGGUAGACGUAGUCAACUUUCGCUAUCGAAAGAGCAGUUCAUUGAUAUUCAGAAUUUUUGCAGAUCAUCAUUUUCAUGAAUUAUUCUGCAAUCAUGUAGAGAUGAUCAACAAGAAAUGCAAUAAAACUGAACCAACUCUGUAUAUAAAAAAAAUAUUAAUAAAUAAGAUGCGUCAUUCUACCGAAUCGGUCUAAUAGAAAAAAGCUUUACUAUCAUUACGAUUCAUUUGAUAUCAAUAUGUGUUUCAUCAUUGAUUACUCAUAUUCUUUUAGUAAAAUAGUUAUUCGGUAUGAUUAUUUAGUCAAACAAAUGAAAUCAAAAAUUCACCAAAUGGGUAGUGACCCUAACUUUAUGAGAAAUGCUAUCCAUAACGUUCUGUCAAGAUUUACGCAAGCUUUUCGACUUUAAAUGAAAAACUAAAUAUAAGGUUUUGUAGAGCAAAAUUCGCUCUACAAAACCAUAUAUGCUGCCUCUCUUCAGAAUAUAGCCAUUUUCAGAUUUUACCUUCGACUUUUUCUCUCGUUGCUCUAAGAAUGUCAAUAGAAAAAGUCAUGCAGAUAGACUUUUAAGAAAAUUAAUAUAGUCCAUGUUGUAGAGCUUUUCAUGCUGAUCAUUUUCAUAAAAAAAUUUUCUUGAGUUGACCGAAAAAUAAAAUUACUAGGAUCAAAAUACUGAAAACAUGGUAUUUAAACACACAAAGUUAUUGCUUAGUACAUUGUUUAGUAUUUUGACGAUAACAUCGUUAUUUAUGGAUCUAGUUUGAAGUUUUUUUUAAUAAAAUGAUCAGCGAAAAAUUCUCUACAAAAUCUGAUAGAAAACAAAAGAAUCAAAACACUUUGUGUUUUUAUGGUAGAUUUCCCAUGGAAUUACCCAUAUAUAAUAGUACGUAAGAUCUUCUGUAGACAUCAUAGAUAUGUAAAACAGAUUUAUUUGUCAAUUAAUUCAAUGAUUAUGAUAAUAAGAGUAUUGAAUUAUGAAAACGGAAUUAAAAAAAUGAAAGAUAAUGAGUGAAUAGUAACAGUGCAAAAUAAAAAUAGGGCGCUCGUCGAAAAAAAAUUUCUGUUCGAAAUGAAGAAACUAGAAAGGUUCUUACUCUAAUUUUCGAUUAUUCUACAAAACUAUUAUCGUCUACGAGAAGUUUCUCAUUUUACAUAUUUUGUAUUAGAAUAUUAAGGUUUAAGGAUAUAUAAUCGUUUAAAUUCAUGAUUACCAACAAUGACUAUUUUUAAAUGAUAUUGAGUCAAACUUUUUAAACAAUUUACAAAUUUUUCAAUUUCACUUUUUGUUCCAUUACGAGUAAAAUCGCCUGAAUGUAGUGCUAUAUCAUAUCAUCCGGAAGAGUGAAAUCAUAAUUAUCAUGAUUAUCACUCUCCAAGAAAGUAAAAGCAAAAAUUUUUUAUGAUGUAAGUAGUUAUCACACAAUUCAAUGAAAUAGAAAAAAAACAGUCACUACUAAUUUCAUACAUUGCAACAUUCUGUUUUGAUUCAUUCUUUUUUUACAAAUGAAAUAAAUCUGUAAAUAUUAAGAUUAUCAUUCAGUGCACAUUAGAAAGAUAGGUGUAUGGAUGUUAAUUUCUGUUUUUUCAUUAAAGUCAGAACCACACUUGCGCAUCCACAUCCCACAUCCACAUCCUGAAGAUGAAGAAAAGAGUAGUUGGGUGUGGAUGUGGGUGAGAAACUACCAUAACGCGUUUUGGCUUAGUUGUCGAGUUUGAUUAUUUCAUAAAAAUGGCACUAUAAAAAUAGUCAUUAGUCAGAAGAAUUACCCAAUGGAAAAAAAUUGCUGCGCAAACUAAUAUAAUACGCUAUGACUUACUGAAAUCGACGUCUUCAAUACAGACAAUAUCAAUUUAAUAGAAAAAUCAAAUAAAAAAUUAAUAUUAAAACAGUAAAUCUCUCGAAUCAAAGAUUGUUUUCUUUAUUCUUAUUUACUUGUGCCACACAAAAGAUAAAAGUACAAUUCAUAUAGAUAUAACAUGCAAUUACAACAGAAUGAUAAAAAUGACUCAUGAUAACUGACGACUGCAACUUUCUUUCACAUUUCUAAACUCGCUCUGUCAAUAUUUUUCUUUUACUCAAACGAAACAAUAAUUCACUACAUUAUUCGGUCGUCAUUUUAUAAAAUUCUUUCGCAGUAAUAGUCGUAUUGGAGAAACUAUAUGUACAUAAUUUUGUUGGUUUUAUUUAUUUUUGUUAAUGGAAAGUAAAAAAAUCAUUUCUUAGUGUCCUCUAUCAAUAUCAACAAUCGAAGGUUUACUACAUGAUGCAUAUAUUCCCGGUCUCGUGGCAAUUGUUGUCAAUUCGACUGGUAUUCUCUAUGAGCAAGCCAUUGGCUACCAUUCACCUAUAAUUUCAAACGAAUGUAAACCAAUGAAUUCUUCUAACUCAAUUUUUGUUUUGGCUUCAAUCUCAAAAACAUUCAUUGCUGUAGCAGUUAUGCAACUUGUAGAAUUGAAUCAUUUGAAUCUUGAUACAGAUAUCAAUCAUUACUUGUCAUCUGAAAUGAAAGUCAUUCAUCCAUUGCAUCCGAAUAUUCCAAUUACUAUACGACAUUUGCUCUCACAUACAGCUGGUAUUAAAUCAAAUUUUGAAGAAGAACUUAAACAUUUUAAGCCGAAUGAUGAUUUUACACAAACAAAUCUCACCAAAAUCAUCUCAAAAUAUUUGAAUAACAAAUCAAAUUGGUUAUCUGAAUCACCUGGUAAUGUGACUCAUUAUUCAAAUAUUGGUCCAAGUUUAGCUGCAUUAAUUGUUGAACAUGCUAGUAAUUCGUCCGAUUGGCUCUAUAUUCCUCAUUAUGGUGAAAGUGAUUAUCCAUCCGGUUCUCUUCGUAUGUCAGCUCGUUCACUUGCUAUUUUUCUUCAAUCAUUUCUUAAUAAUUGCUCAUCUCUCUUACUCAAUUCAUCAUCUGUCGAUGAAAUGCUUAAGAUUGUUCGACAUGAAGAUUCAGAUAUUGAAUUUGGUUUAAUUUGGAAUUGGCGAAUUAUUAGAGGACGACGUUUCAUUGGACAUCGAGGUGCAAUACCAGGUGUCACAAAUAUAAUGAUGGCAAAUGAAAAACGAACUCUUGGUGUAAUUAUUUUGUCAAAUGGUGAUAUUAGUAAAGAUGAUGAUCAAGCAAAAAAAGUUUACGAAACAAUAAUCAAUAUUAUGUUACAACUAUUCGAUUGUUUUGAAGAAGUAUAA